CACUCACUCACUCACACACACACACACACACACACACACACAGAGUGCACAGCUAUGACCCCAAGAAAGAAGGGACCCUUGGGACUCCGCCCCCAGGAGCCCCUCCCGGUUGUCAUCAUUGGCAACGGCCCGUCUGGAAUCUGCCUGUCCUACUUCCUGUCUGGCUACAGGCCGUACGUGAGGGAGGCCGCCUCCCACCCCAACCCCAUUCUGCACCGGAAACUUCUGGAAAUUUCCGGGCAGUGCCUUCUGGAACAGGACCUGGAGUACCUGUCUGAAGGGCUGGACGGGCGCAGCCCCAGUCCCCUCGGCCUGCUGUUCGACGCCCUGGUCCGGCCGGACGGGGACCUGGGCGGGUCAGCCGAAUCGCUGCUCUCCUGGCGCAGGGAACCGGAGCGGGGCGUGGCCCACCUGGUGCUCGGCAAGGGCCCAGCUGGAGGGGCCUGGCAGACGAUGGAGGGAUCGAUGAUCACCCUCAGUCUCGGGGACUGGAUGGAGAUGCCCGACCUGUCCUUCAGAGACUGGAUGGCGAAGAGAGGAAGGCAGCUGAGAAACAACAGGGCGGCCACCAGGGACAUAGCGCAGUACUACCAGCACUACGUGGAGGCGAAGGGGCUGCAGCAGCACUUCCGCUGCGGGGCUCUGGUGACUUCCGUGCGGCCCCUCCCACCGGACACCCCCCCGGGGGGCCCCUCCGAGGAGGCGGGACCCCCCGCAUCCACGCUGUACGAGAUCCGGGGGGAACAGGAGGAGCCGGGGGGCGGGCGGAGUCCGUUCCGCCUCUACGCCCGGAACGUGGUGCUGGCCACGGGCGCGUACGACAGGCCGUCCCGGCUGGGCGUGGAGGGGGAGGACCUGCCCUUCGUCCGCCACACCGUGGGCGACCUGGAGGGGGCGCUGCGGGCGCGGAUGCUGGGCCCCGCCUCCGGCCUGCCACUGCUGGUGGUGGGGGCGGGGCUCACGGCGGCCGACGCCGUCCUGCUGGGCCGGGGGGCGGGCGUGCCGGUCCUCCACGCCUUCCGGCGCGGGACGGGCGACCCCGCCCUCGUGUUCCACCAGCUGCCCGCCGUCAUGUUCCCCGAGUACCACAAGGUGCACGACAUGAUGCGGGCGCCGGGGGGCGGGGCCUACCCGGGCUACGCCGGCCUGCCGCUCCACCGCGUGCUGCGAUUCGCCGCCGGCGGCCGCUGCUUCCUACAGGAGGUCGGGGUCGGCGGCGGCGGCGGCGGGAAGGUCUGGGAUGUGCGCGUCGCCAUGGCGAUGGUCCUGAUCGGCUCCAACCCCGACCUGUCCUUCCUGCCGGACGAGGGGCGCGGCCUGGCCCUGGACCCGGACCGUCCCGUCAGCGCCAAGCGCAACCCCCUGGACACGGACCCCUUCACCUACGAGAGCGCCCGCCAGCCGGGACUCUACGCACUGGGACCUCUGGCCGGCGACGGAUUUGUCAGGUUCCUACAGGGCGGGGCGCUGGGCGCGGCUACCUCCCUGCUCAGGAAAACAGGUCUGACUGGGACCUCAUGAGGGGGGGGGGGGUUGCCUGAUUUUGAAAUUGUCAAAAUCCGGACUGCACGCUUCCGUAGGGACUGGGCAGGGGACCAGCUGAAUUGUCAUUAAUCUCAUAAACCUCGACCUGUUUUCAGAGGUUUUGCUCAUGUUAAUAUGGAUUCCGUUAAUAUUCAUUCACGUAAUGUACAGACGGAUCGAGUUAUAUAUUUUAAUUUAUACACACUGUACAUAUUAUUCUUCAAGUAUUACAUUUUUUUAAAAAGGUAUUUAAGUAUAUAAACCAGGGGUGUUUCAAUCUUAUCUGAAACGGCCUGAUGUGGUGCAGGUUUUUGUUUCAGCUUAGCACUACGACACCUGAAUAGUCUUCAGUUAAUACCUUGAUAAGUCGAAUAAGGGGUCUUAGUGCACCCACACUGGCCCUUUUCGGAUAAGCUAAUGCACCUCUGAUCUAAACUGUAAGUGUUAAGCCUGUUAAAUAUUUUGUAAAUAAAUAAAGUUGUUUCGGUGAU